AUGAAGUUUGCUCGAUUUGCAGCUCUUGCUGGUGUUAUCACCACUGCUCUCGCAGUUGCUCUCCCAGAGUACUCCGAGCUCGAUGCUCUUGACGACUCCUUUGAGCUAGAAAAGAGGACCACCAAGACCAAGGAAUACCUAGAGAAAUUCCCCAACUCUCUAAUUGUGAAUCGUGGAAAGGACAAGCAUUGGGUCAAAUAUACUAGGCCACAUUUCUCUCACAGGAAGAAGGUCUACAUCCGUGCUUCUCAAAACGAGACGGAUGAUGUCUCUGCUGAAUUCCUGCAGGGUCUGAAGGAUGCCAACAAUGGUGGUACCCUCGUUCUCGAGAGAGAAACUACCUAUGUGAUUGGCAAGAAGCUCGAUCUGACAUUUUUGAACAAUGUCCAUGUUGAGCUUCUUGGUGAGAUUUUGUUCACCAAUAAUAUCACCUAUUGGCAAAACAACUAUUUCUACCAUCCAUUCCAAAAGUCAAUUACGUUCUGGAAGUGGGGAGGAAAGGACAUUCUUAUCUACGGAAAUGGUAUCCUGAAUGGUAACGGCCAAGCAUGGUACGACGGUUUCGCAGGCCUCGAGAUUUUGGAUCCCUCGAACACUUAUUACCGCCCAAUUCUAUUCUACGCCGAAAACGCUACCAACCUCCGCAUCGAGGGUAUCGAAUUCAGGAAUUCUCCAUGCUGGACCAACUUUGUCGUCACCUCUAAGAACGUCGAGUAUGACAACGUCAUCAUUGACAACCAGUCCAAGAAUAAGAACCUCCCCAAGAACACUGACGGCUUCGACUCGCUUAACCUCGACGGCAUUUCUUUCACAAACUCCUAUGUUAACAUUGGUGACGAUUGCUUCUCACCAAAGCCAAAUACCUCCAAUAUCUUUGUUAAGAAUCUUUGGUGCAAUGGUACUCACGGCAUUUCCAUGGGAUCUAUUGGUCAAUAUCCUGGCGUCAAGGAUUACAUUGAGAACGUCCAUGUUGAGGAUAUUAUCAUGUUGAACGCACAAUGCGGUGCUAGACUCAAAGCUUGGGCCGGUCGAUCAGCAGGAUACGGUUACAUCCGAAAUGUCACCUUCAAGAACUUCUACAACUACAAUACCGACCAGCCAAUUGUUCUUGAUCAGUGCUACUUCAACAUAAAUGCUACCGAAUGCGCUGGCUACCCAUCCCGCGUUGAUAUCUCUAACAUCAACUUCAUCAACUUCACUGGUUCUAGCUCUGGAAAGAAGGGCAAAGUUGUUGUUGAUCUUAAGUGCUCUCCAGGCGCUGUAUGCGAGAAGAUCCACCUCGAGGAUAUUGAAACAACAUCACCGAAGGGAAGCCCACCAUUGGCUGUCUGCCAAAACAUCGUUGGAGAUGUUGGUAUUCCAUGCACUCCUGCAGGUGCUGCAUUGUAA